AUGGCCUUCCAGGCCCCAACGCAUGUCCCUCACCGCAGAACUUCCUAUCCAACUCCACAGCUACCUACUCUCGAUAUCCCCUCCACCUCGCCGGAACAACGCGAUGACGACACCGCACAAUGGGUCCUGUUCUCUCCGACCGCUCGCACACACACAACCUCAACCGAUCAUACGCGCACUGUAGGUGCCUCUCGACUGAGCGACUUCGGCUCAUUCGCUGCAACCCAAUCUGGCGUUGAGGGCGAAGCCGAUGACGAGAAUGCUCUUGACGACCAACUGGACGAAGAUGGGACCGAACUGGACAGCCUUGACGAUGGACUACAUGCCUUUCGAGCACCAGACCUAGCUCCGCCUUCUUCAGUACGGGUCGAUCAGGGGCCUCCAGCGAUGCUUCCGGCCCAUGAUGGAUUAGGCAGUUUUCAGGUCUCGAGCCAGGAAGUCCAGGAUCAGCUAUGGCAGCAUGAGAAAUACAAUCCCCAGCGGCUCUCAUAUGGCAGUCUCCAACAUCGCCGCUACUCAAGUGUGCAGAGACAUCUGGAUACCGUCGAGGAGGGCGAGGCAAAUGUCGAGCGAGAGCGGUGGCAGCGAAUCGAAGAAUGGCGCAUGGACCAGAGCCGGGCUCUGUUACAGGAAAUCGAGCGGGAAACCCGACAGAGACGGACUAGUCUGACCAGCCGAUCGGGUCUUCAUCGCUCGAUUGAUCACAGCCGCCAAUCCCGUGUAUCUGAGGCGCUAUCACGGGAUCUAUCCAUGUCGAAAGAUGCCACGGAGGACGAAGAGUCUUUCUGGCGCCGCAUUACACGAACGGUAAUCCGUGACCUGAUCGGGAUUGAUGAUUCCUUGCUCUCCGUGAUCCUCGGUGAGUCGUUGCCGCUGGACGCGCAACCCCACACCCAGGAAGAUCCACUGGACAUGGAAACUGUACUGGCUCGUGAACCAGAGCCAGAGUAUAGUGAUUCACCGCUGUGGCAGUCAAAGGUGCUUAAAACGAUCGCCCAUGAGCUGGGAAUCCUAGUCCAUCAGCUUUGUGAUCACCCCGGGGCAUUUACGACAUAUUAUCAAAUGACUAAAGAUAUAUCCUCCGAAUAUGCGGGAAUGUCUCUCAACCGCCUGGCGGAAAGCAGCAUCUCUCAGAAACCCGCCGAGUCCACUGCACCCACCACCGCUGAUACAACUGGCGAGUCCAUGUUAUCCCCGCACUUCAUGCCCACUCUUCGAGACUCAAAUCGAGAGCACGAAGCACAAUGGGGCAUUGAAGACGACGAUCCCAAGCGAUCCGACCAACUCCCCGAAUCAACAAAACUCCAACAUGAAUCCGAGUACUGGGAAAGUGGCCUUGAUGUAAUGAUUGUCUUCCGCUACCUCCGCACCCGCUUCAGUCGCCGAGGUUACAUGCCUAACGAAACAUACACCCCACCCCCACCCCGCCGAACCCAAGAUGCAUCCCGCCGAGCAGCCAUCAUCCGGCAACAUCACCCACUUGUAGCGCGAGCCCACUCCCGAUCACAAACCCAGACCCGCCGUGCCGCACAAUUCUCCGGUGUGUCAAACCCAGCGGGUGUCUCCUCGCCACUCCUACGACCGCAUCCCCGGCGACCUGGCUCUAGUUGCGCGAGCCAGAGCGCCAAGCUCUCGGCUAUUUCCAGCCGGCGGACGAUGACAAGUUCUAGCCGGAAUUACUGGGAUAUCGGCGGCAGUGAAAGCAACAGCGCCAUUGGUAUUGGAGCUGGGCUGGGCAAUUGGGGUGAGGUGUGA